GAGCAACACUGAAGCGGACGGAUACAGCCCAAUCUCCUUCGGAAAAAAAGCAUAAGGGACAAUGAGCCCCCAUUUUCAUUAUGUUUUUAAUUUGGCAAAAGUGCUUCCUUCUGCCGUUUUUGAUCACCAAAGCGCUAAUUGGAGCCUUGAGACAAGAAAGCUGGAAGGAACUAUUUUUUUUCCUGGCGGAGGGAACUGAUCACUGGUUUGGCGCACCACUGCCAGUGAAUUUGGGCCGUGGCCGGGCAACGAAGUGGACUCUACCCCCCGGGACGGGGAUGGGAAAGGGGUAUGGAGGUGGCGGGGAACGGCGUGGGUCCUUUCCAUCUGGGACCGUUGACAUCUACGCCUAUAGAGUCAUCUACCCCGAGCCUCGCCACAAGGGCUGACUCCUUGUCAUCUGAAAAUAGUGAAAGUUCAGAAGAAGACUGGCUCAUAAAAGUGUGUUGUCCAGGAGCAAGGCAUCGAUACAGUAAACGAGCUCAUGCAAAAAAGAGCAUAUCAUCACGGUCCACAAAAACUGGAGACUCAAGCAUUCUAGAUAAAAAAGAUGACUUCACAGAGAAAACAGAAUUGACACCUACUACAUCUUACCAGGACUAUACAAGAGUGCCAAGGCAGGAGAGUACAGACUUAGAGUGGCUGAUAAGACUUCGUUGCCCAAGAGCUCAAAUGGAACAAUUGAUGCCAGAUCUGAAGCAAUCUUUUCCAGGAGUUACUAGAUUCCUGAGUAAAUCGCAGAGCAAGGUUUGCGGAGCUAGUCAAUCUGAAAAAACAAAAACUUCAGAGAGUUGGCUAACACAGAAGCACUUGUCCAUUGCACAGGCUUUAGUUAAUGAAAGCCAGGAUGUUAUUGGUCCCAUUCAAUUGCUGCUGGAAAAAGAAAGCUGCUUUAUAAGGGAAGUAGACAGGUAUUUGAAGCACAAUGAUUUCUUAGCUCUAAGGAGAAGGGAAAUGCUGUACAAGAAAUGGUUUGAAAGUGUUUCAAGACCUCUGCUUCAGAAAAUUCAGGACAAAGUUGACAACCAGUCAAGCAAAGAAAUAGAAGAGAGGAAGCGAAAACAGCUCUCCCUUUAUCUAAACUAUUGUAAUGAGAAGGUUCACCGAGUGCUCUUUCUGCUCACUCAGGGAGGUGCAUUUUUAGAAAGUUAUAGUCCGUCAUCUUAUGAUCCUUUCUUCCUGAAGACUUCUCCAGAUUUGUGGAAGGCAUCCGUUCCUCCUUUACGUGACCCCUUGUUAAAGGAAGUAGAAGGAAGAUACAUCGAAGCCAGCAUUAUGCAGCAAUGUGAAACAGGAAAAUUAUAUUCCUCUAAAGAUGUUCAUGAACUACAUAAGACUGAGUUACCACCACUUCCUUUGGGUCGGCAACUUAUGAACCCCAUAGAUUGGCUGAAAAUUCCAUUCCAGUAUGUGGAAAGUGAUGUCCGUCAAAAAAGCCGGCAAAAAAUGAGCUCAACUAGAAACCAGAGUACUAUGGAUUUCAAGAGCUGGGGUGACUCGGCCUGGCCUCCACUGAAGAAGAGAUGCCCCUCUGUCAGGAAAUCAGAGUUCACCCAAAUAGCCAGUCUUUUGUCAAAGCAGAUAUUUACUGGCUCAUCAGUUUGGAAACCAAAAAUAAAAUCUGCUUUCUAUUGAUCUUUCUUUGAAACUGAUUCCUCGUAAAAGGAAAAUGCCAAAAUUUGGUCCAUAAAAGUGUGAUCCAAUUACUUAAAAGGAACGAUUAGAAGCUUAUUUCCGCAUCAGGUACUACUGAGAAUAGUAAAACAUAGGCUACAGGGAUUUUACACUAAAUGCUGCAUAAAAUUGUGAUUGCAUAUUACUGCUUUCAAAAGUAUUGCUAAGCAGCUGCUUCAUAUUUUCUUACAGGGGAAAAUCACAGAAUGUGCUAUAUAAGUAUAUUUUAUUUCAGAAGUGGAAGUGGAAUAGGGUUAGACAGUGCUUCAGAUACAGAGAUAAAAAGAUGUUUUGGGGAACACAGGGAUGUGCUCUUAAAAGCAGCUGCAUUUUUUCCCCCGGCAAGUGCGUGUGCUUGUAGUUGCUGGGGAAAAAUGCAUUUGGCUUAAGAAGUUGCAAUCAGAUGCUAGGCGAGUGCCUUGCAUGCUCGAAAGCAUCUUUUGUCUUUAAAUCCAAGGCUCUGCUGAUGCCAGUUGAAUUGUUCUAAAAGACUGAACAACAGACUUUUAUAAAUUUAGCAGGAAUAUAUGGCUUUUGCUGUUUCCCUAAGUUGUUUUCCUAUUUAGAUACAAAGCAAGAUUAACAGCCUGUCCACAAAGCAGCUAAAAAAAUAUUCAGUUACUUCAUUUCUAAAGGCUCAUUGAGAGAUUAGUGUUUCUGCUCCUGGUGCAAUAUAGAUUUUUUUUUACAUUCCUUUAAAGUAAGGAAUCUUCAAUAGAGUUAGGAGUUAACUCAAGAGUUUAUUAAUCUUUAAAGCUCAGAGAUGAGGUUUUCUUUCAUAAAAUUCUCCUCUAUCACCAGAAAUGAAAUUUUCUUUAUCCAUUUAACUUAGUGUCUUUAGCUUCAUUUGAUUCAAUUUUAUGGCAUUGUCUUUUUGGACAGGUGCUGAAAUUAUAAAUAAUGUGCAGGAACAAAGAUAUAGUGUUACAGCUUACAGGAAAAUACAUUUUUUUCCAAAUAAAAACAUUAUUUUUCCAAGUUUCAAUUUUAGAGACUGAAGUGGAAGUAAUUUCAAGCCAGUUGCCUAAUCCUACAUUGUUUAUUGUUAUGAACUGUUAAAAUAUACCUGAUUAUAAAAAGUAUAGUCUUCUUUGGUUAGAAAUAAUCUCUUGAGGUAAAGUGAAAAAUCUCAUUGAAUAGCAGCAGGAGUUGAGGCCCAAUUAUUCGAAGGCACAUAAAGUAAUGUGAACUCUUGUUUUCAGGAUACACACAUGCACCAUGCACAUGUGAGCAGAGUAGAAAAGAACCAGAAAUGCAGUGAUGAAUAAAGGUGUUUGUAUAUUGUUAGCAACAGCUUACUUUUCCUGAUGUGUUCUGGGAAGGAAUGGAUGUUAUGGACAAUUGAAUGAGAACUUCUGCUUGGAAAUUUUUUUUUUAACAUUGACAUUUCCUCUUUUUCUGUUGGCCUGAAGCAUAUCAGUUGCAAAUAAAAAAGAAACAAACCAAAAAUUCUAAUGUUCUAAAAUUGUGAUAAAAUUGUCUUUGUAGCACUCUAUAGAGCUAUAUUUACUUUCUCUAUACCCAAGAAAUAUGCUUGUGUGUAUGAAUACAUGAAUUUCAAAAUAAAUUGUAUCUCCUCACAUAAUUAUUAUUUUAAAAUAUUUUAACUGUUUUAAAUGUAAUUGUUUUCUUAUGGUAUAAAUCUGGACUUUUUUUUUUUUCCUCUUUAUUGUAUUGGAGUUUUUAAACUGCAAUUUGGCUUAUGUAAACUUGGAAUAGUGUGUGUUUCUUUUCCACUUGCCCAGAAAUGACUAUCAUACAGAAGUUUAUACAAUGUGUUUAAUUUCAAUUAAUUGAAUAUAUACUUUGGGAACAACGUUUUUUAUUUCAUAUUAAUAAAAAUGCAUUUCAGAAAA